CAUGCUCACAGUGUUUCAGUGUAUCACCAUGGAGGGCUGGACAGAUGUGCUGUACUGGAGAGUUCUCCAAGGAGAGAGAGAAAGCCAAAGCUCGAGGAGACUUCCAGAGGCUGCGUGAGAAGCAGCAGCUGGAGGAGGAUCUGAAAGGUUACUUGGACUGGAUAACUCAGGCUGAAGACAUCGACCCUGACAACGAGGACGAGGGCGAAGGGGAGAGCAAGCGCAACCGGGUGACUCUGGCUGACCUUACUGAGAAGAAGAAGAAAGGAAGGUUUGGGUGGUUCAGCCAGUCGUCCGAAACUCAUGCGAGCGUUCCAGCCAGUGAAACAGAAUCCGUGAAUACCGAGAAUCAAAAUGUGGAGGAAGAAAAAACACCAUGCUGCGGAUCUCUGUGUCGACGCUGGCGCCGCUGGAACAGGUUCUGCCGCAGGAAUUGCCGGUUGGCUGUCAAAUCGGUGCCUUUCUAUUGGCUGGUCAUCAUCCUGGUGUUCCUCAACACACUCACCAUAUCAUCAGAGCACUACAACCAACCUACGUGGCUGACACAAGUGCAGGACAUGGCCAACAAGGUGCUGCUCUCCAUGUUCACGUGUGAGAUGUUGGUGAAGAUGUACAGUCUCGGGCUCCAGGCCUACUUUAUGUUACUGUUCAACCGCUUUGACUGCUUUGUGGUUUGUGGAGGAAUCACGGAAACCAUUCUGGUGGAGCUGGCAGUCAUGUCUCCUCUCGGCAUCUCUGUGUUCCGCUGCGUCCGCCUGCUGAGGAUCUUUAAGGUCACGCGUCACUGGCAGUCUCUAAGCAACCUGGUGGCGUCUCUGCUCAACUCCAUGAAGUCCAUCGCUUCUCUGCUGCUGCUGCUCUUCCUCUUUAUCAUCAUCUUCUCCCUGCUGGGCAUGCAGGUGUUCGGUGGAAAGUUCAACUUUGAUGCGACCCAGACCAAAAGGAGCACCUUCGACAACUUUCCCCAGGCCCUUCUCACUGUGUUUCAGAUCCUGACCGGAGAAGAUUGGAACGCCGUUAUGUACGAUGGCAUCAUGGCGUACGGAGGGCCUUCCUCUUCUGGGAUGGUUGUGUGCUUUUACUUCAUCAUCCUCUUCAUCUGUGGAAACUAUAUCCUCCUGAAUGUCUUCUUGGCUAUCGCUGUGGACAACUUGGCAGAUGCUGAGACUCUCAACACAAACAAUGGAAGCAAGAAAGGGGUGAUAAAGGAGGAGGAAAAAGAUGACAAGGAGGAGGAAGAGGAGAAUGACCCUGCGGCGGAGGAAGAGGAUCCAGAAGUCCCAUCGGGGCCUCGGCCGGUCAUCUCUGACCUGAUGAAGAAGGAGAAGAUCACUCCUAUCCCAGAAGGAAGCGCCUUCUUCAUCUUCAGCCAAACAAACCCGUUUCGUGUGUUUUGCCACAAACUCAUCAACCACCACAUAUUCACCAACUUCAUCCUGGUCUUCAUCAUGCUCAGCUCCGCCUCACUCGCCGCCGAGGAUCCGAUCCGUAACUUCUCACCUCGCAAUAUUAUACUUGGUUACUUUGACUAUGCUUUCACGGCUAUCUUUACUGUUGAGAUCGUAUUGAAGAUGACAACAUAUGGAGCCUUUCUCCAUAAAGGGGCAUUCUGUAGGAAUUACUUCAACCUCCUGGACAUGUUGGUGGUGGGAGUUUCCCUCGUUUCCUUUGGCAUUCAGACCUCGGCCAUCUCUGUGGUGAAGAUUCUUCGGGUCCUCCGUGUUCUUCGACCCCUGAGGGCCAUCAACCGAGCCAAAGGCCUGAAGCACGUGGUGCAGUGCGUGUUUGUGGCCAUCAGAACUAUCGGUAACAUCAUGAUCGUCACCACCCUGCUCCAGUUCAUGUUCGCCUGCAUAGGGGUGCAGCUGUUUAAGGGAAAGUUCUAUCGCUGCACAGAUGAAGCCAAGUCCAGCUCAGAAGUGUGCAAGGGCACCUACAUCCUGUAUAAGGAUGGAGAUGUGAACCAGCCGACCCUUCACAAGCGAUUGUGGCACAACAGUGACUUCAACUUUGACAACGUCCUCAAGGCUAUGAUGGCGCUGUUCACUGUGUCCACUUUUGAAGGCUGGCCUUCUUUACUGUACAAGGCAAUCGACUCAAACAGGGAGAACCUGGGUCCCAUCUACAACUACCGCGUGGGGAUUUCCAUCUUCUUCAUCAUCUACAUCAUCAUCAUUGCCUUCUUCAUGAUGAACAUCUUUGUAGGUUUUGUGAUCGUCACAUUUCAGGAACAAGGAGAAAAAGAGUACAAAAACUGUGAGCUCGACAAGAACCAGCGUCAGUGUGUGGAGUACGCGCUAAAGGCGCGUCCACUGAGGAGGUACAUCCCUAAAAACCCGUACCAGUACAAGUUCUGGUACGUGGUGAACUCCAGUGUGUUUGAGUACAUCAUGUUUGUGCUCAUCAUGCUCAACACGCUCUGCCUGGCUGUGCAGCACCACGGACAGUCAGCACUCUUUAACUACGUCAUGGACAUUCUCAAUAUGUUCUUCACGGCUGUCUUCACUGUGGAAAUGGUUCUCAAACUCAUCGCUUUCAAGCCCAGGGGCUAUUUUGAAGAUCCCUGGAAUGUGUUCGACGCCAUGGUUGUGAUGGGCAGCAUAGUAGACAUUGUUCUCAGUGAGAUUGAUCACUAUUUCGCUGAUGCUUGGAACACAUUUGAUGCCUUAAUUGUUGUCGGUAGCGUCGUCGAUAUUGCUAUCACUGAAGUUAAUAACCCGGAGGACAGUGCUCGCAUCUCCAUCACCUUCUUUCGUCUGUUUCGAGUCAUGCGGCUGGUCAAGCUCCUCAGCAAAGGGGAGGGCAUUCGCACCCUGCUUUGGACUUUCAUCAAAUCAUUUCAGGCGCUGCCAUAUGUUGCUCUUCUGAUAGCCCUGCUGUUCUUCAUCUACGCCGUCAUUGGCAUGCAGGUGUUCGGAAAGGUUGCCAUGGUGGACGGCACACACAUCAACAGAAACAACAACUUCCAGACCUUCCCUCAGGCUGUGCUCCUUCUCUUCCGGUGUGCCACUGGAGAGGCCUGGCAGGAGAUUAUGUUGGCCUGCAUAUCAGGGAAACUGUGUGACCCAGAGUCCGACUACAACCCCGGGGAGGAGUAUACGUGUGGCAGUGGAUUUGCAAUCAUUUACUUCAUCACCUUCUACAUGCUCUGCGCCUUCUUGAUUAUCAAUUUGUUUGUGGCAGUCAUCAUGGACAACUUUGAUUAUCUAACACGUGAUUGGUCCAUUCUUGGUCCACACCACCUUGAUGAAUUCAAGAGAAUUUGGUCAGAGUACGACCAUGAGGCUAAGGGCAGAAUUAAACAUCUGGAUGUUGUUACACUUCUUCGUCGUAUCCAGCCUCCUCUCGGCUUUGGAAAACUGUGCCCUCACAGAGUGGCUUGCAAGAGGUUGGUAGCCAUGAACAUGCCCCUGAACAGUGACGGCACUGUCAUGUUUAACGGCACUUUGUUUGCACUGGUGCGCACUGCCCUGAAGAUCAAAACAGAAGAAUACGAUUCUGUCGUAUCCACCGAACGUCCUCUGUUGCCCUUUUUAUUUCCCUGCGGUGCAGGUAAUCUAGAGCAGGCCAACGAAGAGCUGCGCGCUGUCAUCAAGAAAAUCUGGAAGAGGACCAGCAUGAAACUGCUCGACCAAGUAGUGCCCCCUGCUGGUGAUGAUGAGGUAACCGUGGGGAAGUUCUAUGCCACCUUCCUGAUACAGGACUACUUUAGGAAAUUCAAGAAACGUAAAGAGGAAGGUCUGGUGGGUGCUCACCCGACGCAGAACAACACAGCUAUCGCUUUACAGGCUGGGCUUCGCACGCUGCAUGAUAUUGGGCCCGAAAUUCGCCGAGCGAUAUCAUGUGAUCUGCAAGAUGACGAGCUAGUAGACUUUAUUCCAGAGGAAGACGAGGAAAUUUAUAGGCGUAACGGUGGACUCUUCGGUAACCAUCUCAUGAACGGUGGCCAUCGCCGAUCCAACGGCCACCAGACCAACGCAACAGAGCGACCUCUGCAGGUGCAGCCUCCACCUCACUACGCCCAUAUGGAGCAGCCGGUGGGACGCCUGACUCGAGCCAACGCAAUGUCCCACCCCAACCACCAUCACCACCACCACAACCAUCACCACCGCCACCACAACUCCUACGGAAAGUCUCCCAAAUCCACCAACAUCAACCUCAACAACGCCAACGCUUCCAGUCUGCCCAACGGAGGACACCAUCGUUACUAUGAACAUGCACCUCCCAAUGGCUACCCAGGUCUUCGCAACGCCUACUACGACAAACCACGGACACCGCAGGGCCAAAGAAGGCGCUACUAUGAGACCUAUGUUAGGUCUCACGGAGUAGAUGGACACCACCCCACCAUCCGCAGGGAGGAGGAGUUUGAUGAAGACCGCCUUUCUGGGGAGUAUUACAGCGGGGAGGAGUUCUAUGAAGAUGACAGUAUGCUGUCAGGAGAAAGGUAUCCGAACAGUGACACGGAGUACGAGACUCCCAAAGGUUACCAUCACCCUGAAAAUAACUAUGACGAUGACGAGCAGCCUCUCUACCGCGACUCACGGCGGUCACCAAAGAGACGAAUGCUUCCUGCCACGCCUCAAGGUCACAGAAGGCCAUCGUUCAACUUUGAGUGUCUGCGCAGACAAAGUAGCCAGGACGAGCUUCCACAUCCGCGUACUGCUCUACCACUGCACCUUAUGCAGCACCAGGUUAUGGCUGUAGCAGGCCUGGACUCCAGCAGAGCCCACCACCUCUCCCCAACCCGCUCCACCCGCUCCUGGGCCACGCCUCCUGCCACACCGGCCAGUAAAGAUCAGUCACCGUAUUACACCCCUCUCAUCCGUGUGGACCACCCACACAGGGACAGCGCUGCUAGCAGCCAAAUAUCUGUGCGCAAGAGCUCCUGGUACACAGAUGACCCCGAGUUCUCCCAGAGGAUGCACUCACCUGUCCACCUGCAGGUGCCACCUGAAUACCACAACCAGUACCACCAGAAGAGAGGCAGCGCCACCAGCCUUGUGGAAGCGGUUUUGAUAUCAGAAGGGCUUGGGAGAUAUGCCAAGGAUCCCAAGUUUGUCGCUGCCACAAAGCACGAGAUAGCAGAUGCAUGUGAGAUGACAAUAGAUGAGAUGGAGAGUGCCGCCAGCCACCUGCUGAAUGGAGGGAUCGCCCCGAGCACCAACGGGGUCAACGUGUUCCCCCUGCUGACUCCAAGGGACUAUGAGCUGCAGGACACUGCAGCCAGCUACAGCGACGAGGAGCCAGACACAGAACCCAGAGCUCCUUAUGAGGAGGACCUGGCGGACGAGAUGAUCUGCAUCACGACUUUAUAGCAGUGGCUGGAUCUCAUGAAAAGCUACAACUUAGAACCUUUGUCUGACAAAAAUCAUUGAAAAUAUUUUAAAAAAGAAAUGCAUCUGAUGGCUCUGACCAAAAGAAGUGCCUUUUACAUUGAAGAGAAAAGGCAUAUAGAAGAGAGACACAUUAGUCCCGUUCAUUUAAUUGUUCUCAUAACAGAGCCAGAUAUCAUCCCUGCUGAGCACAGAGAGACUGACUGCACCCUCCUGGCAAAGGCCUCGAGCUGGACGUGACAGACAGGUUCAGCCUGCAGCCAAUCAGAUGUGUUUAUAUUGAUGCCCGUCAAAACUGGACCAAUUGGCAAAGGUGUGAGAUACUCUCUAGGGCGGGUCUCUCAAGGUGAUGACAAUCAGAUGUACGAUGUCAUUACCUCGGUCACUUUAUUAACGUUUGGCAUAUCAUGCAAGUUUUCAAUGCAAGCAUAGAAAGGCAUAUCUCCUCCCCUAGUUGUUAGUAUGACUUGAUCCCUUUGUUGUUAUUGCAGACCGUUUUAAUGAUUGCUACAGCUGAGUCAAAAAGUGAAGAGUACCAGUAGAGUUGUACCAGAUUAUGCAGGAAAUAACUGUCCUACUUAUAGCUUCGUUCAACUUGAGAUGUGUACUUUUAAAGCGACAAAAGCAUUUGUGAUAAAUGCACUAGCAGGCAGGUUAUUUUAAAUUCUUAGAAUAUCCUGAUUAAUAUUUCAUAGUUGAUAUGCUGUAAAUUGUAUUAUAGAACAAAAGAAACUUUGUAAAAAGAUAUUCUAUAUUUUGUAAUUAUGUAUAAUUUACAAGAUCAGCAAUAUGGACCCUUGUGACUCCUGUUAUGCUAUAAAAGCAGACUUGCAUUAAUUUAUUUGGUAGGUUCUGAUAUUUAUUUGCCUUUUCUUUGCUAAUAUGCACCCUUUAUUUUGCCGAUGAAAACAGCAUUUUUAAGAGGUUCUACUUGUGUGACAUUACUACUGCACAAGAUAUGCAAAUUGCUUUGAUUUCUUAGUUUAGGAGUACAUGUGUUACUUCAUUAAACCAACACCAGUUGCAUAAGGUUAAGCCCCCUUUAAAGGAGCAUUUUAUGAAUCCAGCGCUGAAAUUUUAUACAGAUGUGAUGAACACGUUUGUUUGCAUAUUUUGUGCAGGGCAUACACAAUAAUUUAAAAUGCAUAGUGCAUUAAGAAUGCUGCUUUUUAAGUUAGUUUCAGAGUCAAACCUAGGUUUCGUCAGCCCCCACUGAAAUGCCUUUUUGCUGCAGAAAGAACGAGAAAUGAUAGAUGGUAAUAACAGGGAUAAAUGAAUAUGUCUCAUAGUUUGUGCCGGGAUGACAUGCUCUUUGUUGAUGGCGUAAUUCCAUUAAACCGUCGUACUGAAUCUUGGCAAUCACAUCUUAGCCUUCAUGUAGUGUGCGAGUCCUCGCAGCCUGUGGUGGCAGGAGACGCACGCACACAUCCAAAGGUCAGAAACAAUCCAACGUGUGUUGAAGUGGAAGGACAGAGGGAGUCCUGGUGUCAUGACGCUGGACAGAGGCUAAGCAAUACUAAGCCCUCGCCCCUUUCUCUCUCAGCCGGCCUGGUUCCUGCAUUCAGUCCAGUAGACCUUGUCGUUAGGCACCAGUAACAACAUAUCAUUGUCUCAACUUACCUGUCUGUCACAGUGUCCCACCGUGGAGUCUUUGAUUAGGUAGGAUUGAAACUCCGUGUCCCCCCCCCCCAUCAGAUGUAUUAAUGAGAAAACUCACCCUGGAUGCAUAACGAAGAGCAACUGAAGCCCACAAGUUAGAACAAAAGACAACUAAACAUCUUUAUGUUUUAUAUCAAUUUCCAUUUAUUGAUGUAUAACUAGACGGUUACUGGAAUAAAUAAACAUAAGUGGGCUUUUUCAGUCAUUACCAUAGAGAGUUUGAAUUCGAACUACGGAUAUUUAGGGUUAAUGUGUCGUUCAUGAGUGUUUGAUUUGUAGGCGAGUGCGUACUGUACUCUAAUUCAACCGAAUACUGUCAUGAAAAUGUAGGUUUUCCAUUUUGUGUGCACAUUGAAAGGGCUCUUUGAAUUGUUUGUGAGUGAAAAAAAAAAUGUGUUCUAGUCCUUUUGUUGAUGACUGUCAUAUAAAAGGACCAAUGCACAUAACAGGCACAUUGUACUAUUCGUAGCAAUUACAGUACUGAUGAACUGAAGAUAUGCAUUAUUUUGUAAACACUUUUAAAAGUUGUGUUAAACUAAAGAUGAAAAUAACUUACUUUUACCUCAUGUCAGGGAUUCCUGAAAAAAUAAAAUGAUGAUUUGGUUCAGUCUAUACCAAUGGUAUUUAAAUAUUAGCACAUAGCUGUUUGUCUUUGCACAAGUAACUGUAUAGUGCUUUUGUUUCUCCUUUUUCAAAACAGAUUUGUGUAUUAAGGUGAGACAUUUUUGUACUGUUUGUGGAUGUGUGUAUGGUUUAGUGGAAUCUAUAUUUGUCAUUUACACCUCACCUUACAAUGCUGGGAAUGAAAGAGUAUUAAAAAAAAUAUUUUCAAGGUGCAAUGUUUCUCUGUUCUCGGAGGUAGAGAAAAAAAUUAAAUGUUAAAGUACCAGUUUACAGAGAAACACAUAUUGAUUUGAACGUUUCUAUUAGUUUUCUUCAUAUUGUUAUGAUUAUAAUUACUAUUACAACUAUUAAUGUUCUGAAAGCUGUAUUAAAAUAGACGAUAAUGUAAAAUAUGUACAAAAGUAUGAAAAGACCCAUGGUAAUGUUCUCUACUUGAAAGUCUUGAUAUUUUGCUCCUUAAUGUUUUUAUUCAGUAAACAUAAUUUAUCUUAGUAGCAAAUGCUUUACUAUGACCUUCUGUUUUUUUUUAUUGAUACAUAUUUUGUAUUUUUAAUUUUAUUUUGGCCUUGACUUUAUUUGAAUCGAUACUGAUAUUUUAUGUUCUAUUGAUUACAAUUGAAUAAACUUAUGCUGAAUUGCG